AUCAAAAAUUACAUAAAUAUACCGAGAUUUAUCUUCAUAGCAUGUAUACUUUGUGAGUUAUUAAGGAAAAAGUGUUUCCAAAAGGGGGCACAAUAAGUCGCAGAGCACAUGUGGGGCAAAUUUUGAAAUGGCCUCCAUUUCUUAACAAGUGAGAGCUGACUAAAAAAUUUGGGGUUUUCAUUCUCAAUCAUGGACUAGCAAAUGAUGAAAAAAUGAGCAAAGUCUGAGAUGGAGUGGUGGAAAAGUACUCUGCCACUGUUUGAUUUGACAUGGAAUCACUCUCUUUCUUAUUCUCCUACAAUACUUAUUCUUUUGCACAGUCCUACCUCAAAUGUGUGUACCUCAAAUGUCUGAGGGGAAAAGUGAACUUAAGUUUUUCCUUGUACAUUGUGGUUAAAUUGCACAGGUUCAGGCUUGUAUGCCAGUUUUGUUGGUAACAUGCAGAUUGUAUGUAGAUUGCACAAACACCUUAGUACAUCAGUCUCUAAGUGUCUAAAACUGUGUUCAAAGGCCAUUUGGCUCUGCUGUGAAAGUGUGUGUGUGUAUGGGAAUGUUUGCUUGCACUGUGCAACUGCAAGCAAAGGAUGAAAGACAAGCCUACGAGGCCUAGCUGCAUGUUCAUCUGUGUGAGGAAGAUGAAACAGUUAAUGAUAUUUAGCAGGCGCACACACACACACACACACACACACAUUUCUAUACACAACAGGUUGAAUAUCCUGCAUCUGUAUCAUAGCUCUGAAUCUUAAAGCCUCAUGUGCAUACUGCAUUGCCUCUGGAGCAAGUAAAACCUUCUCACGUUUAUAGUGCUAGUUGUCCUGGCAACCUCAUCAGCUAAUUCCUAUUGGUUAGUCCCACAGCGAAUCAGAAUGCGAACUGAUUAUGUCAUAUAAAAACAGCAUGGUGCAUUAAAAACAGUCUGAGGGCGCCGUUCUGUGACUCGAGAGAGGCAGGUGUGAGUGUCAUUUGAGCCGCAAGUCAUUUUAUAAUCAGGGUUUUUUUUCUGUACAAAUCAAUAAGUGCUGUGUAAAUGGAGAGGUAUGUUGUUAACCAAGACGGUAUCGUCAAGCUGAAUGACCUUCACUAAUGCGGCAAAACAAACAGCAGCGAAGACCUUGAUACUGUCACUCAAAUGGUGCUGCAGUUUACAGACUGUCAUGCUCUGCUACUGACUGCUUACUCGGUUUAGCCUGUGUGUAUCAAUCUCUCAACAUCAUCUCAUCCAGUGGCUGGGUUAUGUAAUGUAACAAAACCUCAAAGGAACAUUCUCAAUUCAAAAUGACUAUUCCUAAAGACUUUCCAGGGAAGUUGUUUCCUAUCAUUCCUCCACUGAAAUGGACAUCAGCAAAGAUAAGACAGAGAGAAGAGGAAAGGAGGGUCCGAGCCAAUGACAGGGAGUACAACGAGAAGUUUCAGUACGCAAAUAAUUGCAUCAUGACCUCAAAGUACAACAUCAUUACCUUCUUGCCAGUCAACCUCUUUGAGCAGUUCCAGGAAGUUGCCAACACCUACUUCCUGUUUCUUCUCAUUCUCCAGUUGAUUCCUCAGAUCUCCUCUUUGUCCUGGUUCACCACCAUAGUGCCUUUAGUACUGGUGCUGAGCAUCACUGCAGUUAAAGAUGCCACUGAUGAUUAUUUUCGUCACAAGAGCGAUAGCCAGGUGAAUAACCGCCAGUCUCAGGUGCUCAUCAAUGGCAUUCUUCAGAAGGAGAAGUGGAUGAAUGUGACAGUGGGGGACAUCAUCAAACUAGAGAACAACCAGUUUGUUGCAGCUGACCUGCUCUUGUUGUCUAGCAGUGAACCGCAUGGUUUGUGUUACAUUGAGACUGCAGAACUAGAUGGUGAGACGAACAUGAAAGUGCGUCAGUCUCUGCCUGUUACUUCAGAGCUAGGAGAUCCUACCAACCUUGCUCGAUUUGAUGGAGAGGUGGUGUGUGAGCCUCCUAAUAAUAAGCUGGAUCGGUUCUGUGGAGCUCUUUACUGGAGGGAGUGUAAGUAUGCUCUGACCAAUCAGAAUAUGCUGCUGAGGGGCUGUGUCCUACGCAACACUGAGAGCUGCUAUGGUCUUGUCAUAUUUGCAGGUCCAGACACCAAGCUGAUGCAGAACAGCGGAUGCACAAAGUUCAAAAGGACGAGCAUAGACCGCCUGAUGAACACCCUGGUUCUAUGGAUAUUUGGUUUCCUGGUGUGUAUGGGGGUAAUACUGGCUAUUGGAAAUGCCGUGUGGGAGAAAGAAGUGGGGUCUCUCUUUCAGAGCUUUCUCCCAUGGGAUCCUCCUGUUGACAACUUCCUCUUCUCGGCCUUCCUCUCCUUCUGGUCCUAUGUCAUCAUUCUCAACACUGUGGUGCCAAUAUCCCUGUAUGUAAGUGUGGAAGUGAUUCGGUUGGGUCACAGUUACUUCAUUAACUGGGACCGGCGGAUGUUCUGUAAUCGUAGUAACACAGCAGCAGAGGCUCGGAGUACGACGCUGAAUGAAGAGCUGGGUCAGGUGGAGUAUAUUUUCAGCGACAAGACCGGAACCCUCACUCAGAACAUCAUGACCUUCAACAAGUGCUCCAUCAAUGGAAAUACUUACGGUGAAAUAAUGGACAUUCCAGGAGUUCAGCAUAAAAGGGCUCAGCCUCUGGAUUUCAGCACGUGGAACUCGCUGGCUGAUCAGGACUUUCAGUUCUACGACUCAUCGCUGCUGGAAGCUGUGAAGGUUGGGGAGCCAACAGUGCACGAGUUCUUCCGUCUGCUGUCUCUAUGUCACACGGUCAUGAGUGAGGAGAAAAGUGAAGGAGAGCUGGUGUAUAAGGCUCAGUCCCCUGAUGAGGGCGCGUUGGUGACAGCAGCACGCAAUUUUGGCUUUGUGUUCCGUUCUCGUACGCCUGGUACAAUCACUACACAGGAACUGGGCAAAGCUGUUACAUACACACUCCUUGCCAUCCUGGACUUCAACAACAUCCGAAAGAGGAUGUCAGUCAUAGUAAGGACUCCUGAGGGCCAUAUUCGUCUGUACUGUAAGGGGGCAGACACAGUGUUGUUUGAGAGACUUCACCCUUCCAGCCAUGAGCUGAUGAACAUAACCUCAGACCACCUCAAUGAGUAUGCAUGUGAUGGGUUACGGACACUGGUGCUGGCCUAUAGGGAUCUGUCUGAGGAGCAGUGGGAGGAGUGGGCAAAGCAUUACAGUGGUGCCAACAAAGCUACAGACUUCAGGGAAGAUCGUCUGGCUGAUGCUUAUGAGGAGAUUGAACAGGACAUGACGCUUUUGGGAGCCACAGCUAUAGAGGAUAAGCUGCAGGAGGGUGUGGCUGAGACCAUCGCCAUCUUGUCACUGGCUAACAUUAAAAUCUGGGUGUUAACUGGAGAUAAGCAGGAGACAGCAGUUAAUAUUGGCUACUCGUGUAAAAUGUUGACUGACGACAUGACAGAGAUCUUCAUUGUUAAUGGACACACCGUCCAAAGUGUUCGUGCGGACCUUAGGAGAGCAAGGGAGCGCAUGAUGGAGUCUGCCCGCACAAGAGAUGGUGGGAAGGAGGCAGAGACUCAAGAACUAGGUAAUGGAUUUGAGACAGAUGCAGCUAAGCAGACGACUAAUCUGGAGAAAGGUGCCCAACUCCAGUCCCUUCCUACCUCAAUGCUGGAGUCCAUCAGUGGAGAGUUUGCACUUGUUAUCAGUGGACACAGCCUGGCUCAUGCACUGGAGUCAGACAUGGAGCAAGAAUUUUUGGAGACAGCAUGUGCAUGUAAGGCAGUAAUCUGCUGCAGGGUCACUCCUCUACAGAAAGCUUUGGUGGUUGAGCUCAUCAAGCGGCACAAGAAGGCCGUCACCCUCGCCAUCGGAGAUGGAGCCAAUGACGUCAGUAUGAUCAAGACGGCUCAUAUAGGCGUGGGCAUUAGCGGACAGGAGGGCAUCCAAGCAGUGCUGGCAUCAGACUACUCCUUCUCCCAGUUCCGCUUCCUGCAGCGCCUCCUACUGGUACAUGGUCGCUGGUCUUACCUGCGCAUGUGCCGCUUCCUCUGCUACUUCUUUUACAAGAACUUUGCCUUCACCAUGGUGCACUUCUGGUUCGGCUUCUUCUGCGGCUUCUCUGCCCAGACAGUAUAUGACCAGUACUUCAUCACCCUCUAUAACAUAGUGUACACAUCAUUGCCUGUUUUGGCCAUGGGCAUCUUUGACCAGGACGUCCCUGAGCAGCGUAGUCUGGAGUGCCCGAAACUGUAUGAGCCAGGUCAACUAAACCUGCUCUUUAACAAGCGUGAGUUCUUCAUUUGCAUUACUCAAGGUAUCUACACAUCUGUCGUGCUGUUCUUUGUGCCGUAUGGCAUUCUAUCACGGGCAACGCAGAGCAACGGUGUUCCGCUCGCUGAUUAUCAGACCUUCGCUGUCACCACCGCCACAGCCCUCGUCAUCGUUGUCAGCGUCCAGAUCUCUCUGGACACAGGAUACUGGACAGCUAUAAACCAUUUCUUUGUGUGGGGUUCUCUGGGGGCUUACUUCACUAUCCUCUUCACCAUGCACUCCAGCAUCAUGUUCAACUUCUUCCCCAAGCAGUUUCACUUCCUGGGAAGUGCACAGAACACAUUAGCACAACCAGUGGUGUGGUUGACUAUUGCUUUAGCUACAGUCAUUUGCAUUGCCCCUGUGGUCGCCUUUCGCUUCCUCAAACUAAACCUUAAACCCCAGCUGUCAGAUACUGUGCGCUACACUCAGCUUGUGCGCCAGAAGAAGUGGAAGCCCGGUGGGCGUGCCGGGUCUGGUGCAGGUGGGAUGGGUGCCUCAGGGGGUGGAGCUCUUGGGCGUUCAUGUCAUGGUGGCUCCCGUCGAUCAGGUUAUGCAUUUGCGCAUCAAGAGGGCUUUGGAGAACUGAUCACAUCAGGCAAAAAUAUGCGUCUGAGCUCUCUUGCUCUUGCUACGUUUGCCUCGCGGCACAGCACCAGCUGGAUUGACACACUCCGCAAGAAAAAACAGACAGCGGCCUCCACGGCUCAGAACAUACCGUCCAACUCGCAGGCCCUACCCCUCUCCACAUCUUCCUCUCGGAUUGGCCCCCAGGAAACAUGUCCAGAGAGCAUAGGAAAAACAAAUUUGAACACUGUUCCCAGCAGCAGUUUUAGUGAUGUCCAGUUAAGCAUGACAAAUAUUGCACAAGUGGAGAUAGAAGCUACAGUCUUAUAGUGAAGGAAACACUGUUUGGCUGUUGGGGGAACAGGAGCACGGCACAGUGGAGCCAGCAAUCUUUCAUCACUUAAUUCUACGGGGAAACUCCUGUGAACUCCUCUGUAUGUCCUUGAAUUUCACUUAUCUUACAUCUAACUGAGUACAAGACCUUUGCUGUCAAGAACUCAUCUGUAUUUUCGUAAAGACUGACAUACAGCCUUAAACAAAAGACCUAUAAGAGCAGAUACAGCAAAAGCACUGAACAUGGUAAACUUCACAAACACACAUACUAUUUCCUGUCUCUGUUGUGCUGUGUGAUCAUUUCAUUGCAAAACAUUUUAAUUCAAGCAAAAAAAAGUGUUCAAUUAUAAGAGGGAAAAAUAGAAAUGAAAUGUCAUUGUGCAGGUUAACAGUCCCAGGUUCAAAUAAUUAUAAGAUAACUGGAAUUCCUCUUACUAUUCACUGCGGUUGAGUUUUUGAAAGUCUGGUUUCAGUUAAAAACAGUUUUAAAGCAGAUGAGAUGUCAGAGAGGGAAAGUACCUUAGAUAUGGCAAGGAUUUUUCCUGCAUCUAAAUACUACAUGGCUUUACUUUGCCAUUACUAUCACGGGGGUUUAUAUCCAUUUCCUUACGUCUUUGUGGCAAAUCUCUAGCAGUGAAAUUGUAAUGUGAGCAGUUACCUGAUAUAGAUGUUUAGAGUUGCAGUAUAUUCCUGUCUGAGGCAAAUUAUGUGCUUCAAGGUUAGUUGCCUUGACUUAAUAUUAGACAAUACUACUAGACAAUGCAAUGACCUGUAAAUCCUCUAUAUACUGUAUCUAGACAGUCAUUAGUUGCACUAAACUAUCUUAGAUAUCCAAUUUCUGAUUAUUGAGCCUCAUUUGGAAAUAUUGGAAAUGUCUUUACCUCUCUUUUUUCAUUGCAAAGAGCUUAUUUAUGAUAACUCAGAUAAACAUAAUGUAGAAUAAUUCCUUAGUGCUCUUUUCUUUCGUACGUUUGUGUUAAGAUAUUCCACAUUGUCUUUUAAGGAAUUAUGAUUACUGUGAUUAAGUUACUUUGGUGCCUGGCAAUACCUUCCCUUUGGGGCUGUAUUUUUCACAGAGAACUGCCACCUACUUGAGUAUGGAUUAGGGGUCUGCAGUAUGGCAACUCAUGAAACCAAAAUACUUUAAAACAUUUUCAUGAUACACAAUAUACACUUACUGGCUAGUUUAAUAGGAACACCUCUACACCUGCUUAUUCAUGCAAUUAUCAGCCAAUGAUGUGGCAGCAGUGCAGUGGAUAAAAUUAUGCAGGUACGUGUCAGAACUUCAGUUAAUGUUCACAUUAAACAUCAGAAUGGGGGAAAAUGUGAUCUCAGUGACUUUGACCAUGGCAUUGUUGUUAGUGCAAGUCUACAGUAACUCAAAUAACCACUCUUUAUAGUUGUGAUGAGCAGAAAAGCAUCUCAGAACGCACAACAUGUUUAACCUUGAGAUGAAUGUGACACAACAGCACCACUCUGGGUAAACUUUAGAGACAGUUGUGUGAUGUGAACAUUAACUGAAGCUCUUGAGCCAGUACCUGCAUAAUUUUAUGCAUUGCCCAGCUUCCACAUGAUCGGCUGAUUGGAUAAUUGCACGAAUGAACAAGUGUACAGGUGUUCCUAAUAAUGUGGAUGGUGAAUGUAUAUCAUGGAAUUUACGUUUGCUAACAGAGUACUAGGAAAGGGAGGGAAAAUGAAACAUUUGGCACCAAAUAUAUUUAAUAUCUAAUUACUUAAUUUUUAUUGUUGCAAUGAAGGAGAUGGUCAAUGUUAUAGAAGAUACCUGCGAUGUUUUAAACUAGUCUACUGUGCCGUAAUUUAUCAUGGUAUGGAUUAUAUACUGUCAUAUGCGUAGGAACUUAUACAUGGACCAUUGGAAGAUGUCUUGAUUCUGUGGAUAAUGGAAUGGAUAAAGCCUAUUAUCCGGCUCAAGUAAAGACACUGGACCAAUGUGUGAAGCACUUCUUGUGUUUGUGUAAAUACUAAAGUUCUCCAUGAGAACGCAAUAUGAACUCAAAUGGAAUAAAACUCUCGCUCAGCUUCCCCUUUUGCAUUUAUCACACCAUAUUGGUGUUCCAAGACUCUGAGCUGGACUACCGGAGUCAUUUACUUAGAGCCAUAAAUCUGCUCUUUUGGAUUCUACAGGAAUGAACUGGGAAAGAACGUUACACAUAAAGUUACCAAAUGGAUUUCUCCUCAUGUCUACUGGACCAGUGAGAGUCUCUGUCUAAAAGUGGCCUUAGAUACAUGUACUAACAUGAGUUUUAUGCACGGGUGAAUACAUGGCUGUAUGUAUUGUAAGACAUAACCACACAACAUUACCUGUUUCUUUGGGUUUGGGAUAAAUCUAAGCCUCAUACCUCCUACGGGUGAAACAUUAGUGAUUCACUACAAACAGCAGUGAUUUGCUUUUAAAGUUGAAAUGUAGUGAUGUUGAACCCCUGUUUAAUAAUUUGUUUAUUGCAAUAAGAGACAAGCCCUUGUGUUACUUUGUGAACCAGCAUCUGCCAUUUUAAUCUGUUAUAUUACCCUUACAUCAUGGGGGUGUGGAGUCUGGUGUAAUGAAAAAAAAUGGAUGAAUAUGAUUAAAAUAGUAUUUAAAAAUGUACUGUAUUUUUGUGUCUAUCAUAUGUCACACUGACAGUAAUGAUGAGAUUAAUUCCAACACGUUUGUCAAUACUCCUUUAUGAAAAGAAGGUCCAGCUGAAAUGUCUUUUUAUUUAUGUAUUAUUAUAUAUUUAAUUUUUACAAA